AGCCCUUUAAGCCCUGCUCCACCAGUCUUCCCAUAGGCUGUUCUAGCAGCCCUCCCUUGUCCUUGCAGCUCCGAACCUGCUGGGAAUUUUUCUGUCUUUGAACGCCUGGACUGGGUUUUUCUUUUUUUCUUUUUUUUGGUACCGGGAAACGAACUCAGGGCCUCGUGCUUGCCAGGAAGGUGCUGUGCCGCUGAGCUACAUCCCCGGCCCUGGACUGGGUUUUACUGUAGUUUAGAGUCCCCUUUUCUUUCCCUAUGGCCAGCUCUGAUUUCACCGAACUUAAUGCCAUCACCUCCGGAAAGAAAGUCUCUUCUCUUCAAUCUAUUCUGCCUCUGUGCUUUUGUCAUACCGCAUGUGCCUUGUGGUGUCUGUGUUCUCUCGGAGUCCGGAUCCGGAGUCCGGAUUUCUGACUGGAGCGUGGGGACACGGGAGAGCAUCUUCUUUGAAGCUUGGGCCGGGCGCUGUGGGGUUAAGGACCUGGGCCUAGUGGCCCCGCCUGCGGAGCGCACCAGCCGGCGAGGGGGAGGCCGCCUCGGAGGCUCCGACCCUGAGCCCCUCGUAUCAAUCACCCCAGACACCGACGGGAGCCCCUCCGAGGUAAACGAUUUGGUGGGCCUCAGCGGCGUAGACCCGAGGCGGCUUUCCCAAGCCCGAGUGGAGCGCUCCCCCGUGCGCACGCUUGGUACUACCAGGGGAAUCCCCGCGCGGCCCCGCCCCUCUGGUACUUGCCUUCUCCGGCUGGAGCGCGCACCGAGCGAGUGGAAGACGGCGGCCAUGGCGGGGUCCGGGGGCCUCAGCGUCCCUGACGCCCCAGCUGCCCUCUGGAAACGUCACAUCAUGCGGGAGCUGCGGCAGCGGGACCGCACACAAAAGGCGCUCUUCCUGGAGCUGGUGCCGGCCUAUAACCAUCUCCUAGAGAAGGCUGAGCUGCUGGCCACAUUCUCAGAGAAGCUGCAUCUGGAGCCCAGCAAUGUCACUCCUGCCUCCGACCAGGGCUCCUGGGAGGAGGAGUCACGGCCUGAGUCAGACCAGGUACCAUCACUGGCCACUCUGAAGGUGAAGUGGCAGGAGGAAGAGGAGGGGCUUCGGCUGGUCUGUGGUGAGAUGGCCUACCAGGUGGUUGAGAAGAGCGCAGCUCUGGGCACCCAGCAGUUGCAGCUGGAGGAACGGCAAGGCAGGCUGGCGGUUCUGGAGGCCCAAGUGGCACAUCUGCAAGAGGCGCGGGCAAAGCAGACCCAACUGGUGGAAGAGCAGCGGGCGCAGAAUGUGGUGCAGCGGACGGCCUACGAGGUCCUGCGUGUUCGCACCGGGAACCAGGAGGCGGAACUGCGCAGGCUCCAGGAGGAGGCCAGCUGCCUGCUGGAGCGGCUAGUGCAACUCAAGGCGCGAGCUGCCGACGAGCUCAACCUGCGCCUUGAGCGCCUGGAGCGGGCCAGUCAGGCUCGGGUGUCUCAGGAGCUGAAGAAGGCUGCCAAGCGGACAGUGAGCAUCAGCGAGAUCCCAGACUCCCUAGGCAAAGGGAUCAGGGAGGGCACAGAGGCUCUGACCCUGGCUGCUAAGCCAGACUCCCUGGAGAGCAAGGCUUGUGAGAAGUGGAAGAGGCCCUUCAGGUCUGCCUCGGCCACCUCUCUGACACUGUCCUGCUGUGUGGAUGUGGUGAAGGGGCUGCUGGAUUUUAAGAAGAGGAGAGGUCACUCAAUUGGAGGUGUCCCUGAGCAGCAAUACCAAAGCAUCCCUAUAUGUGUGGCUGCCAAGCUUCCUGUCCAGGCUCUGGAUGUUCUGGAUGCCCACCUUUCUGAGGUCAAUGCCGUUCAUUUUGGCCCUAACAGCAACCUCUUGGCCACUGGCGGGGCUGACCGCCUCAUCCACCUCUGGAAUAUUGUAGGAGGACGCCUGGAGGCCAACCAGACCCUCGAGGGAGCUGGUGGCAGCAUCACCAGUGUGGACAUAGACCCCUCGGGCUCCCAGGUUUUAGCAGCUACUUACAACCAGGCUGCCCAGCUCUGGAAGGUGGGAGAGGCACAUUCCAAGGAGACACUGUCUGGACACAAGGACAAGGUGACAGCUGCCAAAUUCAAGCUAACAAGGCAUCAGGCGGUGACUGGGAGUCGAGACCGCACAGUGAAGGAGUGGGACCUUGGACGCGCCUACUGUUCCAGGACCAUCAAUGUCCUUUCCUACUGCAAUGACGUGGUAUGUGGGGACCACAUCAUCAUUAGUGGCCACAAUGACCAGAAGAUCCGGUUCUGGGACAGCAGGGGGCCCUGCUGCACCCAGGUCAUCCCUGUGCAGGGCAGAGUCACCUCCCUGAGCCUCAGCAAUGACCAGCUGAAUCUGCUCAGCUGUUCCCGUGACGACACACUCAAGGUCAUUGACCUGCGCGUCAGCAAUGUCCGCCAGGUGUUCAGGGCCGAUGGCUUCAAGUGUGGUUCUGACUGGACCAAAGCUGUGUUCAGGCUCCUGGGACGGAGCUCUGUACAUCUGGGACGUAGACACCGGGAAACUGGAGAGCACCCUUCAGGGGCCCCACUGUUUCUCCCUAUGCUGCUCAAACUGGCCACCAACUCCUGGGCUCAAGUGAUUCUCUCUCCUCAGCCUCCUGAGUACCUUGGACUACAGGUACGUGCCAUCGUGCCCAGCUAAUCUCUAAUCUGUUUCCCAAAGGAUGUCUACCAGGUGUGUCCAACCUGUGGCCCGUGGGCUGCUUGUUCUCUUUAAAAGAAAAAAAAUUUUUUGUUGUUUUUUGAGAUACGUCUCACUAUGUACUGUAGUU